UACGGCGUCAUGAAAAAGAUGGCGAUAAGUGCGUGGAUGCUGGUAAUAGUGAGGUACGCCUACGGGUACAGCUGGUGGUGUGGGUACUUCUCGGAUGAUAAUGUAAGUGCGUUUGGGUUCCGGAGAUGGCAUGGGUGCCUUUAAGCAGACAUCGAGAUCCUUCUCGUCCACCAGGCCCCAUCUGCUAUCCUCUUCUUCGACCGCAAGUCGGUAGUUCUCGGCUACACCUGGAGGCAAGCCCCAUGCCGAGGGAUCUCUUAAAAUGUCAUAAUCCUGCUCUUGUUGCUGUU